CAACACCAUAUCUAACCACCAUAACCGUUAACGUUGCUUCUCUUUUCAUGUCGACGGACCAACUACGCCUCGCCCCAGAUGACUUUACUGAAAAUAAGAGUGCUGGAGAGGAAAACCGGCACAAUCACCCUGCUGCCGACUCGGCAGGAUGUAGGAUAGAGAGUGGCACAGGGCUUUGACUCCCGAACAUGCGGCAGUAUCAGCGAACGGAUUGGAAAUCCUAGCUCGUCGAACAAAAACAUAGUCAACGAUGAGUAUGCCUGGUGUGUCAAUGACUUCCGGUGGCAUUUCAUCUUCCCUCAUUGUCUUUGAUGUGUAGCAUUGUUCAUCAAAGCCAAAGCUCACCACAUGUAUUGGCUUUAUUCGACUCGGUGUACUAUGUAUAUGAGACUUCUCAACUCGACAAUGAAUGCAGCCCACUCAAACUACCAUGUCUUCGUUUCUUACCAAUCUCGAGGAUUACCGGUACCAAUCGUCUCUGGUUGACGAUAAUGAUUUGGACCUCGACGGCAUCUUCGACCAGUUUAUAGAGCCAAGUGCUUUUGAAAAUUGCAGCCAGCUGGACUGGGACUCCGCUCACAGUUUCUUGAACAACGAAGAGUAUAAUGGAUCAGGAAUGGACGUCGACAACUGUGCCGUCAUUACCCCAACCUUUGACCAACCUAUCUGUCCCGAGGCAUCUCUUUUAUCAUAUUCUGACGUGGCUAGUACCUGCGGUGUUGCCAACAGGUUUGACAAUGACUGGUUUGACUCGCUUUGGAUCCCGCCUUCCGUGACUGGGUGGCAAACACAAAACCCGAUGCAAGAAAUGGUAGAGGAAACGCAGACUUUGGUAGUACCCUCCGCGCCGUCUCAAAGCCUGACACCUGCCCUUGAACCUUGCACGUUCGGACGUACGAGUCCGACACCAGCAACACCUUCCUCACAAGGCUCUACUCGGCAGCUCCGUCAUCGUCGCCCCGCAUUUUCACCAGUGAAUAAACAAACUUCCAAUGAAAACGAUACCACGGUUCCUUCUUUCCGAUGCCCCUGGUCCGAAUGUACUUCACGAUUCAAUUCACCCGAAGAAGCCUUCGUUCACGCCAAAUUUCACCACCAUCUCUAUCAUCCCGACAGCAAGACUCUGAUAUGCCCUCAUCGUGACUGUACGUACACCUCUGUUCGGAUCAACGACGUUAGAAGGCACUGUCAAACAGCGAGUCAUGGAAUGCCUCCUGCGUUCUUUUGCAGAGGAUGCGAGCGCAGAUUCACUCGAAAGGAUGCGACUAAGCGCCAUCAGCUGCAGUCGGCAAAGGACCCGUUGUGCAUCGCGUACGCGGGGUCGGAUAGGGGUGUUGGAAUUGUAGGAGAAUGUGAUGGGUGGAGGAGGCAAUGAGGAGUGUCACUACGAAGGCCUAGUCCAAUUAGUAGUCACGAGAAAGAAAGGAAGGUGCAUGAUUGGAAGGAUGUGUAGCGGAUCAUUCUUAAGCGAUAAUUUAAACAGUGCUUAUAUUACAUCACAACCUCCCUAUUUCUCAACGCUGAGC